CUGGAAGCAGGAGCCAGUUGCAGAUUGGCCUCUGCCUGCUGUUUGCGUGGGGUGGAGCAGUGCCCCCCACGGAGCAGUGCCCCUGGCAUGGGCUGAAGGUAGCUCCUGCUGCAGAGCCUUGGGGACGUGGCUGUUGGCACCUGCUCCCUGGGCACCGGGCCAGGAGCUGCUCAGAUCCUGACCAUGACGGAUGGGCUCAUGAGCAAAGCUGCCACGAUGGAGAUCCCCAUCAAUGGAACCGGGGACACGGGCAGCCUGCCGGAGGACGAUGGCCUGGAGCAGGACCUGCAGCAGGUGAUGGUGUCGGGGCCCAACCUGAACGAGACCAGCAUUGUGUCGGGGGGCUACGGGGGCACCGCCGAGGGGAUUAUCCCCACCAGCAGUGUCAAAGGCCCUGCGGUGCGAUAUAACGCCUCCUUCCCGGGACUGCGGCUCCUCCAUGCACAAGGCGCCUUUGUCACAUCUCAUUCCUCCCGAGGACCAUCCAUCUCACCCAGUGAAUCUGCUGCCAGCCGGAUCGCCAGCCAGGCAGAUGCAUCAGCAGGCUCUGGGCUGCACCCGCCCCACCCCAGCCCCCUGGCGGCAGGAGACGAGGCCACCCGGGGCAUCGCUGUGGAGAAGUUUGAUAUUGUCAAGAAAUGGGGUAUCAACACAUACAAAUGCACCAAGCAGCUGAUCUCGGAGCGCUUCGGCCGGGGCUCGCGCACGGUCGACCUGGAGCUGGAGACGCAGAUCGAGCUCCUGCGUGACACGAAGCGCAAAUACGAAUGUGUGCUGCAGCUGGCGCGGGCGCUGACCCACCACUUCUACAGCCUGGUGCAGACCCAGCACGCCCUGGGCGACGCCUUCUCCGACCUGAGCCAGAAAUCCCCCGAGCUGCAGGAGGAGUUUGGCUGUAACGCAGAGACGCAGAAGCUGCUGUGUAAGAACGGAGAGACCCUGCUCGGGGCUGUCAAUUUCUUCGUCUCCAGCAUCAACACCCUGGUGAACAAGACUAUGGAGGACACGCUCAUGACUGUUAAGCAGUACGAGACGGCCAGGUUGGAGUACGACGCCUACCGCACAGACCUGGAGGAGCUGAGCAUGGGCCCGCGGGACGCCAGCACCCUGUGCCGCCUGGAGGCCGCCCAGAGCCACUUCCAGAGCCACAAGGGGAAGUACGAGAAGCUGCGGGCCGACGUGGCCGUCAAGCUCAAGUUCCUGGAGGAGAACAAGAUCAAAGUGAUGCACAAGCAGCUGCUACUCUUUCACAACGCCGUCUCCGCCUACUUCGCCGGCAACCAGCAGCAGCUGGCGCAGACCCUGCGGCAAUUCAACAUCCAGCUGAAGACGCCGGGCGCCGAGAAGCCCUCGUGGCUGGAGGAGCAGUGAGCGGCCUGGACUCUGAGCUCUGGCCGGGGCCAGGCGCCUGUGGGCGAGGGGGACCCUGCACAAGCCCCGCGGCCUGGACCCCGGCUGGGUACAUGGGGUCCCCGUGCCUCGGACGGCCCUGGGCUCUGUGCCCGGGUGGGGGCUGGAGAGGGGCCCCCGUCUGCAACUCUGCCCUGGGAGUUCGGUGCCCCCAGCCUGGGCUGCUCCUAGGGGUGCGGCGCUUCAGUGACCCCCACCCAGUGCAGCUGCAGGGCAACGGGGGUCACUCCUGGGGGGCCGACGUGUCCUGUGUCCCAUCCCCCACCCCCAACAGGCCUCACUCCUGGGGCAGGGGCGACGUGUCCUGUCCCCACCAACAGGCCUCACUCUUGGGGGAGGGGGGGCGACGUGUCCUGUCCCCACCAACAGGCCUCACUCCUGGGGGUGGCAGUGUCCCAAUCCCCACACCCCAACAGGUCUCACUCCUGGGAGGGGCUGGUGGGUCCUGCCCCCCCCCCCAACAGGCCUCAUUCCGGGGGGGGCGUGCCUCUCCCCCCUGCACUUCAAGGCCUUCUUGGGAGUGGGAGGGGGCAGUGUCUCCUGUCUUGCCCCUCCGUGUUCUUGGGGGGAAGGGUGGGGGGGGCUGGGAGCCAGGACUCCUGGGUUCUAUCCCAGCUCUGGCUUGUGACCUGGGGCCAGUCCUUCCCUCGCCUUGUGUAGUUGGUCUCUGGCAUUUCCGGAGGGGGCGGGGUCAGCUGCUUUCAUUACUUCCUCCCUCCUCGGACUCGCACACUACAGCCCCUUCUUCCCCUGCACUGGGGCAGCAGGUGUCUGGGGACUACCCUGUCCCUGGGCUCCAGCCCCCUCCCCAGGGGCAGGGCAGGGGGGCGGGUUGGGCUUGGCACACUCCUGCCGGCUGCAGCCUUUCCAUUUGCACAGAGCUGGCCUCCCGUGGCCAGUGCCGGCCACUCCAGCAGCACUGGGCUCCUUCGGUGGGCGGGGGGGUGGCCUUGUCUGACCUGUACUGGCCACGCCAGGGCCCCUCUGCCGCCGGGCCAGGAGUGCUGGGCCCUUUCUCCUCUGCCAGGGGAGAAGUGGUUUGUUUUUCUUGCUAAUUUAAUCCCUGGUUCUACCCCAUCCCCCACGUCUGUGAAGGUUCCAGAAUAAAAGGGUACGAAGUCA